UACUUCCUGUUAGAUUUAUCUACAGAGCCGAGCCACAGAAGCUAAACAAUUGUAGCAGCUUUUCGUCAACAAAUGUUAAUGUAGCAUAAAUACCGACCAACAAUAAUGAUUCCGUACACUGUCAACAUCAAACUCGCGGCUCGGACGCUGACUGGCACUCUCAAUUUGCAGAAUAAAACCGCUGUAGAUUGGGGUUGGCAGGGGCUGAUAGCUCAGGGAUGUCACUCCAGUAUUCUCAUCAUCGAUCCAAAGACGGCUCAGACCAUCCAGGUGCUGGAGAGGCACAAAGCUAAUGUGGUCAAGGUGAAAUGGUCAAGGGAGAACUACUACCACAACAUGAGCUCUCCCUACUGUCUGCGGCUGGCUUCAGGAGAUGCCUCUGGGAAGAUCAUAGUGUGGGAUGUGGUCAGUGGCACGGCCCAUUGUGAGAUCCAGGAGCACUCCAAACCUAUCCAGGACUUGGAGUGGUUAUGGAAUCAGGAUGCGUCUCGUGAUCUGUUGUUAGCCGUGCACCCUCCCAACUACAUCGUUCUGUGGAACGGAGAUACGGGCACCAAGCUGUGGAAGAAGAGCUAUGCUGAGAACAUCCUCUCCUUUUCUUUUGACCCCUUUGACCCCUCCAACAUGGCGUUGCUUACCAGUGAAGGAAUAGUCUUUAUCACAGACUUUUCGCACUCCAAACCUCCGGGCAGCGCUGGCAAAAAGGUCUACAUCGCCAGCCCUCAUGCAAGCCCUGCCCACACCAAACCUGCCCCCGCUGCUGCCCCGGCUCCUACCGGCGCCAAGAAGGCCCUCAACAAGGUCAAAGUGCUCAUCACCAAUGAAAAACCCACUGCGGAGGCGGUUACGUUGAACGACUGUCUGCAGCUGUCCUACCUGCCAUCCAAGAGGAACCACAUGCUGCUGCUUUAUCCCAGAGAGAUCCUCAUCCUGGACCUGGAGCUCAGCCAGACGGUGGGCGUGGUGGCUAUCGAGCGCUCCGGGGUGCCCUUCACUCAGGUGAUUCCCUGCGCUCAGCGGGACGCCCUCUACUGUCUCCAUGAGAACGGGUGUAUCACUCUCCGAGUGUGUCGCUCCACUACCACUCCAGAGGAAGCAACGGACCCCGAGCAGAAUGUCUACGAGCUCAUGUACGACCUGCGUUCUCAGUGCGAUGCCAUCCGAGUCACCAAAACAGUGCGGCCAUAUCGCAUGGUCAUCUGCCCCGUCAAUGAAAACAACGCUGCGCUAAUGGUCAGUGACGGCAGAGUAAUGCUGUGGGAGCUCAAAGCCCACAUCGGAAGGGCUGUUGUCAAUCCAAGCUCGGGUCUUUCGCCACUCUACUCCCCAGUGUCAUUUUGUGGCGCGCCGCUGGGUCCCAACCAGAAAAGGAUUCAGGAUCUCUCACUCAACAGCAUGAUUGGUCAGACCAUGAUAGCUGGUGAGGCUCCUCCUCCUUCAUCCAACCAGCAAGAGGUCCAGCUGAAGUUCCUGCUGACUGGCCUGCUGUCUGGUCUGCCGCUGCCACCGUUUUCCAUCCGCAUGUGUCCUCCUCUGACCACCAAAAACAUCAACCACUACCAGCCCCUGCUGGCUACAGGCACCGGUAAUGGUUCUGUACUGGUCUAUAACCUGACAAGUGGUCUUCUCCACAAAGAACUCAGUGUCCACUCCUGUGAAGUCAGGGGGAUUGAGUGGGUGAGUCUUUCCAGUUUCCUAUCUUUUGCCACUUCUGCUCCCAACAACAUGGGCCUGGUACGAAAUGAACUGCAGCAUGUGGACCUGCCCACAGGAAGAUGCUUUGCUUUCAGAGGCGAGCGAGGAAACGAUGAGCCACCCAUUGAGAUGAUUAAAGUGUCUCAUCUUAAACAAUACCUGGUGGUGGUGUUCAGAGACAAACCCCUGGAGCUGUGGGACAUCAGGACGGGGACACUUCUUCGAGAGAUGGCCAAGAACUUCCCCACUGUUACUGCAUUGGAAUGGUCCCCAUCCCACAACUUGAAGAGUCUGAAGAAGAAGCAGAUGGCAGCGAGGGAGGCCAUAGCUCGGCAGACGGUGUCAGAUGCCGAGCAGAGCAGUGUUGAAUCCUCAGUCAUAAGUCUCCUCCAGGAUGCAGAGAGCAAGUCAGAGACCAGCCAGGCCAUCUCAGCCAGGGAGCAUUUUGUAUUCACUGACACAGACGGGCAGGUCUACCACAUCACUGUGGAGGGCAACACAGUCAAAGAUGGUGCACGAAUUCCCCCUGAUGGCAGUAUGGGCAGUAUCGCCUGCAUUGCCUGGAAAGGUGACACCCUGGUGCUUGGGGAUGUUGACGGCAAUCUCAACUUCUGGGACCUCAAAGCUCGUUUGUCCAGGGGAAUACCGACACAUCGUGGCUGGGUGAAGAAAAUCCGCUUCGCCCCGGGCAAGGGCAACCAGAAGCUGCUGGUCAUGUACACAGAUGGAGCAGAAGUCUGGGACACUAAAGAGGUCCAAAUGGUGAGCAGCAUGCGGAUUGGGCGCAACGUGAACUACCGUAUCCUUGACAUUGACUGGUGUACGUCAGACAAGGUGGUGCUGGCCUCUGACGAUGGCUGUAUCAGAGUGCUUGAGAUGGCCAUGAAGUCUGCCAGCUACCGCAUGGAUGAACAAGACCUCACCGAUCCAGUGUGGUGUCCUUACCUGCUGGUGCCCAGAGCUGCCCUCACUCUCAAGGCUUUCCUGCUGCUGCAGCCCUGGUCAGGAACCUUCACCAUGGACAUUACUCAAGUAGACUACAAUGAGAAAGACGAGAUAAAAGGCCUGAUCCAGGAGCAGCUCAACUCCUUGUCUAAUGAUAUGAAGAGUGUGCUACAGGACCCCGAGCUCAGCCUGCUGCAGCGCUGCCUCCUGGUCUCACGGCUGUUCGGGGAUGAGUCGGAUCUGCACUUCUGGACAGUGGCGUCGCACUACCUCCAGUCGUUUGCCCAGGCUCGCCAGCUGAGCGUGUCCACUUCAGAGGGUCAGACCCAAAAUGAAGGAGCCCAGCCAUCACCUCAGAACCACCUUGACAUCUGCCACGACGUCCUGUGUGAGAGCUCCUACUUCCAGAAGUUCCAGUUGGAUCGCGUUCACCUGCAGGAGUUGAAGCGCUCCAGUUAUGAACACACCAAGAAAUGUGCUGACCAGCUCCUCCUGCUGGGUCAGACGGACCGAGCGGUGCAGUUACUGCUGGAGACGAGUGCAGACAACAGCAGCUACUACUGCGAUUCACUCAAGGCCUGCCUAGUGACCACCAUCACCUCUUCAGGCCCCUCGCAAUCCACCAUCAAACUAGUGGCCACCAACAUGAUCGCCAACGGCAAGCUCGCAGAGGGAGUACAGCUGCUCUGUUUGAUUGACAAGGCAGCGGAUGCUUGCCGCUACUUGCAGACCUACGGGGAGUGGAACCGGGCUGCCUGGCUGGCUAAGGUGCGUCUGAACCCAGCAGAGAGCUCAGAUGUGCUGAAGCGCUGGGCAGAGCACCUGUGCUCCCCGCAGGUCAACCACAAAUCCAAAGCCAUCCUGGUGCUGCUUUCCCUCGGCUGCUUUUACAAAGUAGGAGAGAUGCUCCACAGUAUGAGGUACUUUGAUCGUGCCGCCCUCUUCAUCGAAGCCUGUCUGAAGUACGGGGUGAUGGAGGCCAACGACUCUUCCAAUAAACUCAUCAAGGCUGCGUUUUUGGAUUACGCACGGCUGCUGCGUUCAUUGGGCCUGCGGGAGGGUGCUGCUCUGUGGGCAUCUCGGGCCGGCAGCGCUGGGGAACAGCUGAUGGAGGAGCUGUUCCAGGGAGAGGGAGGCACGCCAGAAGCCAUUCUUGGCGAAGAUGAAGUGGAGCUGGGCCAGGAGAGCACCGAGUGACCCCCGAAGAGGAGAGGUUUGGAAGAGAUGACAUGCUCUUCAGUGCAGAAAAAGGGGUCUGCGAUUCAUUCUAAACUCAAUAACAUGACCAUUGUUAAAUGACUUUGUGUGGGCAUCCAGGGGAAUCAUGAUCAUCAUCUCCACACCGCGAGAAGAGGAGAUAUGAGGAGUUUCCUCCGUGUGAAGUUGUCAGUCUGUCACUGGAGUCUGCCUGUCUGUGAUCAAUGAGUGUGACAUUUCUUGAUGUCUGGUAAGACCAGUGCGUGUUUGUGCACGUACGUGUAUGCAUGUCCAGCCCCAAAAGAAACACUUUUGUCCCGACUACCCCAACAAAUGCAGUAAUGCACAUUUGUUUUCGUUGGUUGUUUAAUGAAACUCAUUACAUUUUUUUAAUGGUUUCUUGUUAGGCUUUAUUUUGUGUGCCUGUAUUAAUAACUUUAAAGUACUGUUGUAGCCGUACAGGUUUAAUUUGCCUUUUCGCUGUUGAGAUUAAAUGUGGCACAAAAAUAAUAACUUCCUUUUUUGAGUUUGAAAAUGCACUCCCCAUACAGAAGGUUUCCAUUACCACCCUAUGACUGACUUCCAAAUUUUUUUGCACUCCUGAAUUUAACCAAAAAAACACCACAUUAUUUGAAUGAUUCCUCCUUAGUAGUGUCCUAGUAUUGCUCUAGACCGACACAUAGCAGACUGGACGCAACAUCCACAGCAGGUGGUGCUGUAUAAUUGAGUGACCAAAGCUUGCUACUGCACCACUCUCUGCAGCUGUAACUGUUGGAUUGCUGUCAAAUUUGUUAGCCUGGCCACCCUGCACUUAUUAGACACUUAAUAGUGUAUUAUCUCCCUGCACACACAGAGGGAAGCGCAAUCUGACCGCUGCCACCUGCGUGAUACUGUUUAAUUAGCUUGUGUAAAGUUCAGUUCAGUUAAAUAGAUGCUGGUCGCUCAUUAAUCCAUUCCAUUGAUCCAAAUGGAAUUUUUAAUUUCCUACUUUUAUGAAGAUGAGAGGAUACUUUGCUCCCUGUGUCCCUUGAUGUUUGCAUAAUGAGGUUGUUCUGUGGUGUGUGUAUCAUAGGGAGAGCUGUCAAAACGUGUUGUAACUCAUUUUUAAUCAGACUUCUGAUGGAUCAUUUAUAAACAAACUGUAAUCUGUGCUGCUCCCACUGUUGCUCGUCACAAUCACAAAGCCUGACGCACAGUUUUAGACUUGCUGCCACGUCUCCUCCGCUCUGCUUUUGCCUCACGUUUUCCUUAAAAAUAUCUACUGAUCAUCCAAAUCAUUCCUGUGACAAUGCAAAGACUUUAGUGAUUGAGUGUUUAAUUGCCUUGUAAUGUGUUUAGUUGUCCUGUAACAAGACAGUAACUCCAUUCACGGGACCUUUCAGCGUGUUAUUGUGUUUCAUAAACACGUCAGUGCUGUUUCUCUUCUGUGUUAACCCUUAGGCAGUGUCACUAUGGCAACCCAGGCCUAUUUUAAGGGGCUACAUGUUGUUCCUGUAGAUCCAUUUCACAGAGCUCUGCUAACAUACUGUAAAGAGUCGGCAUAGAGUCACACAACCCAGCAGAUAAUCAGCUGUAGUUUACCUAAUGCUGUGUAUCUUCCUCCAAUCAUGUCAUGCAGUAUUGUGGAAGCAAAAUGUGCCAUACUGCCUGUUUUGAUUAGGAAUCAGUGUGAUUAACACUAGCUGCUUUUCUUUGUACUUAGAACUUAACAAAGUUUAGCCUUUUUUUCAUUGUUCUGUGUUCUUUGUUUUUACAGUGAUCCUGAUGCUUUAAGUGAUAUAUCAAGAGAAAGAAAAGAUAUAUGUAUAUAUGAAUGGCAAUAAAAUCAAUGUUAACUUUAA